CCACUAUAGCCGCGGGGAAGCUUGGGGUAUCCGCGUGCCAUCUUUACGGAUGUUGGAAGAGGUCGACGGCAUGGUACAUGCCCGCGGAUGAUAUCCGGGCUCUACAUAACGGCCGGGAUCACUGUAUAAGAGUCGAGCGGCAGCAUCGCCAGCAAUUUUCGUUGAUUGUGCCCGGCAGAGGCUUGUUCUGAGACUUCCGCUUUGGCAAUGACGAAGUCUAUCCUCUUCCUCGGUGGCCUCGUUGCCCUAAGCAACUCGACGAUAGCAGCAUCACACUUCCCGGACUGCAGUAGCUCUGGUCCUUUGGGGAACAACUCUGUGUGCGAUACCUCCUUAGAUACGGUGACCCGCGCCAAGGCACUCGUCGCGAUCCUGACCACCGCUGAGAAGAUCAACGCCACCGUGAGCACCUCUCCAGGUGUGCCUCGGCUGGGCCUCCCUCCGUAUGAGUGGUGGAACGAAGCGCUUCACGGUGUCGCCAAAUCCCCCGGUGUCAGCUUCAACCCAGACAGCGGGUCGGAAUUCCAGUACGCAACUUCAUUCCCUCAGCCAAUCACCCUCGGGGCGGCCUUUGAUGAUGCCCUCGUGCAUGCGGUCGCAGAAAUCAUAUCCACAGAAGCCAGGGCCUUCAGCAAUGCCGGCCGCGCCGGUCUUGACUUCUGGACGCCCAACAUCAACCCAUUCCGUGAUCCGAGAUGGGGUCGAGGUCAGGAGACGCCGGGCGAGGACCCCUUCCACCUGAGCAGCUAUGUGAGGGCACUUAUUGACGGACUGGAGGGCACGGGAGACUCUGUGGGUAACAAGGAUGGCAAAUACAAGAAGGUCGUUUCGACAUGCAAGCACUUUGCAGGGUACGACCUGGAGAGCUGGAACGGCAACUUCAGAUACCAGUUCGAUGCGUCGAUCUCGACACAGGACAUGGUCGAGUACUAUUUGCCACCCUUCCAAGCAUGUGCUCGCGACGCAAAAGUUGGCGCCUUCAUGUGCAGUUACAACGCUGUCAACGGUGUUCCCACGUGUGCGGACGACUGGCUCUUGAAUGAUGUCCUCCGCGACCACUGGAACUGGACUGGUGGGAGCGACGACGGAUUUUGGGUCACGUCGGACUGCGACGCCAUUCAAAAUGUCUUCCUCCCGCACCGAUGGGCAACAUCCCGUGAGGGCGCUGCCGCCGCCUCGCUAAAGGCUGGGACGGACCUCAACUGUGGGACCUAUUACAGCCAUCAUCUCCAAGGUGCAUAUGACCAGGGUCUCAUUAACGACACGGACCUUGACACCGCGGUGACUAGAUUGUAUGGUAGCUUGGUCAAGCUUGGGUACUUCGACCCGGCCGAGUCGCAACCGUACCGCUCGCUGGGCUGGGAAAAUGUGAACACUCCUGAGGCACAGCAACUCGCCUACACGGCGGCAGUUUCGGGCACGGUGCUUCUCAAGAACAACAACACUUUGCCCCUAGGUCUAGAAGGCAAGAAAGUCGCAGUCAUCGGCAACUGGGCCAACGCCACCGCACAGCUCCAAGGGAACUAUCUAGGCGUGGCUCCCUAUCUUCGCUCACCACUAUACGCCGCAAAACAGCUCCUGGGCAACGACUCAGUCUUCUACUCCUCCGGCCCAUCCAACGGGGACCCGACGACCAACAAGUGGGUCUCAAUCUGGGACGCAGCGUCGGCUGCGGAUGUCAUUCUGUACUUCGGUGGUAUCGACGAGAAUGUCGAGUCAGAAGGGUCCGACAGGGUCAGCAUCUCAUGGACAGGCCCCCAGCUCGACACCAUCGGUGAGCUCGCCCUGAUGGGCAGCCCAUGCUCCCCCAUCACUGAGAACUCAGGAGUGGGUGCCGUUUUGUGGGGUGGCUACCCGGGCCAGGACGGCGGCGUCGCGCUCCUGGACGUCAUCACUGGGAAGCAGUCGCCCGCAGGCAGGCUGCCUACCACUCAGUACCCUGCGAGCUACAUCUCCGCCGUGCCCAUGACAGACAUGGCUCUGCGGCCCGAUGCAGGGAGUAACUUCCCUGGCCGGACAUAUCGGUGGUAUGGUGGUGAUGCUGUGUUUGGGUUUGGAUACGGCCUGCACUACACCACUUUCGACGCCGAUAUGAGUCUGACCGGGUCGGGGGGAAACUUCGAUAUCGCGAGUCUUACCUCGGACUGCACAGAAGAGUAUUUGGAUCUUUGCCCCUUUGCCUCAGUCGCCACCACAAUUACCAACACUGGCGAAGUCACAUCCGACUACAGCGCGCUCCUCUUCCUCAAGGGCGAGUUCGGACCAGCGCCACACCCCCUGAAGACCCUCGUCUCCUACGGAAGAGCACACAACAUCUCGGCCUCCGAGUCAGCACAGGUAGCCCUCAAGCUGACCCUGGGAAGCCUGUCGCGCGUCGAUGAGACUGGCAAUAGGGUCUUGUACCCUGGCUCCUACACCCUCCAGCUCGACGUCGAGCCAGGCCUGGCACUCUUGAACUUCACUCUGAGUGGAGAGGCAAAGAUCCUGGACGAGUGGCCCGCAGCACCGGAAAAUCGCAGCGGCAUGGGCACUGGCGAAGUGCCGGCGGGCUACUAUGUCGGCGGAUAUGGGAGCCUUAACGACGCAGGAGGGCAGUUGCCGCUCGACAAAUCAAAGGCCUAG